AUGACUCAAAUACUGACAAUUGUAGUGGCCCUGCUUAUGCUAGAGAUGCAUCUUGGUUUGACUGAAGAUCCCAGCCAGAUAAACCCUUGUUUACGAGGAAGAGAUGGGAGAGAUGGGAUGGAUGGAAAAGAAGGAACAAUUGGCCCCAAAGGUGAAAAGGGGGAUAGAGGAGAAAGUGUCCAGGGUGCUCCAGGGAAAGCUGGUCCAUAUGUGAAGGGUGAAAAAGGGGAACCAGGUACACCCAUGUAUGAAAAACGCAUCGCUGAAUUAGAGACAGAGCUCCAGAAACUGAAGGAUAAUUACUCUGCGAUUGAAAAACGUUUCGCCUUUACGGUUUGGAGCACAAGUGGUAGCACAGUCUUUGGAUCCAGGAAAGACUCAGCCACUUUUGAAGAGGGCUUGAAAAUCUGUAGCGAUGUCGGUGGACAAAUUGCCACUCCUAAGAGCCAAUCUGAAAAUGAUGCCAUCAUUGAGAUCGUCAAAGCAACUAAUUUUGCAUACAUUGGGAUGAAUGACAGAGAAACAGAAGGGACAUUUGUAGACUUAAAUAAUCAACCAUUAGAGUUUACAAAAUGGAAAAUUGGUGAACCGAAUAACAGUGGGAAUUCUGAAGAUUGCACUGUUAUUAUUCCUGAUGGGACCUGGAAUGAUAUAUCAUGUGACAGAAAAUUCAUAAUAAUAUGUCAAUUUUAAAACAUAAGGCAAAACACAUAAAGAUACUACCUGCCACAUUUGUCUACCCUUAAGCAAACCACAUUACCUUGCAAGCAAAAACUACAAGGCUUGUUUCACAUGCUGCACAUACUGCAAUUCUCCAGUGAUUUUCCUUUAUGAAAAAUAUCCUGCAUUUUGUG